UCUGUUUGUCUAUAAGAUCUUGCAAACUCCGCACCUCCAAAUGCAGAAAGAAAAAACACUCACGGGCAUGGAGGACUCAUCUUGGGCAAAAUUUACUGUGCAUCCCACCGCCCGGUGUAUUUUAUCCGUUGCGGACAGCGGCUGCUGGGGGGACCAUCACGACCUGCUUACGAUUAGCUUUUGGGAUGUAGACCAUGAUUUACACAGAAAGACUCAUUUUCGAGGGUCUUGUAUAUCCGAGACAGUCUUCCAUUCUGUUGAACGACACAUUUUUCUGACUGGGCACAAGGACGGGACGAUCAAAAUGUGGGAUACCAACUCCAUGGCAGUUCUCCAGACCUUCUACAAGAGUCAAACUCUUAGGGGAGCCAAGGGUCGGGUAGUUACUUCCUUGCGAUUCUGCGCUAGCAGACCCCAGACGUCACUUCUCAUUGCGGGUCAUGCAUCUGGCACAAUACAGGUCUGGGAUUAUCAGAGGAAAGAAUGUAUGGCCACUCUCGAUGUGCAUGAGCAAAAAGUAGUGCAGGCUUUCUUCCAUCCACACUUGCCGUACAUACUGAGUGCAUCCUGCGAUGGAACCGUCAUGGCAUGGAGCGAUUCGGAUUAUCAGCUACAGUAUACACUCUGCAGUGGCCUGACAGGACUGUCAGAUGGCAUUCUUUGUAGGAAUGACAGUAUGCUUGGGCUUUACUCUAAGGAAGAAGCAUUACGUUUCAUUACCUUAGAACAUAACGGUCCCAAACGGAAUGACUUUGAGAACAGCGUGAAAAUGGAAGUGGGGAAUGCAAUCGAAGAAUCAGACAAAAGACUCUGGUUUGAGAAAACGGAUGCACACAGCAUUAAGAGUCUUGUAGCAGAGCUGAUUUCCGUGAGGGUAAAGAGGAGGGCACUGGAGGAGGGACUUGAGAAAGAGAGAGAAACACAUGCACAGAGGAUGAACGAGGUUGAGUCUGAGCUAAGCGAUGUAAGGACGGAGAGACAGGUGUUGGGAGUAAGAUUUGAGACACUCCAAGAAGAGCAUGAGAGAGAAAAAGGCAUGCUCUUAGAGAGAGUCGAUGAGUUGGGGAGUCAAAUAACCAAUCUGAUGACGGAAAGGGAGGAGCUCAAAGAAAGAAUGGAGAGAUCAAAGGUCAGGAUUCAAGAACUGGAAUCCAGGCUGGAGAUGGACGGGGGCGUAGGAGAGAGAUCGGAAAGGUUUGACGGGGUGCCCAGCGUGGUUCCACAAGUGGAAUUUUUACAUCCAUUGAGAGAGUUUUCCCUGGAUGAAUUGAAGACUGCCACAAAUGACUUUCAUGAUGACUCCAAAGUCGAACAUCGACAUUACGGAUGUGUUUACGUGGGAAAGACCACACCCGUCGUGGUAAAGAGAUUCGACGGGGGAAACAACAUGACACGGGACAAGCAUGUUCAGUUGACAAGGGAUUUUGUCGACCUGUUGAAGUCUCUUGAACAUCCACACCUGCAGAAGCUGCUAGGAGUGUGCUAUGGAGGAAAUUGUCUGGUCUAUGAGCACAUGGCCAGUGGAAGUGUGAAAGAGUGGAUCUCCUCCAUUGAAGGGUCUCGAAGGGGCUUCUUGCCGUGGUGUGUACGCCUUCGGAUUAUGGCUCAGGUUGCCCAAGCCUUGGCCUUCCUUCACUCCAGCAAGUCGCUAGGAGGUGGUCCUAUCAUCCAUCGUGCCAUCAAGCCCGAAAACAUCCUUUUGGGUACUAGCAACUUGGUGGCCAAACUUGCUGAGGUUGACGCGGCCCUGCUUGCCCCAGACAGUAAGGAUGUCGAUGCGGCACCUGGAAUGCCCAUGUCCAAUCGAGCCGAUGCUCAGUACAUGGCUCCAGAAUUCUUGCACAGAGAGGUUUUCACUCAGCAGACUGACAUUUAUGCUUUCGGCAUCACCAUCCUGGAGAUCCUCACCGGAAAGUUCAAGGAUGCAUUUGGAAGUAUGGAAGAUGCAGUGGACGAUCCUGCCGUCUUUGGAAGUACCCUGGACCCAAACGCGGGAAGUUGGGAUGUGCAGCUGGCCAUGGAAGCAGCACAAGUAGGUCUGAGAUGUGCGAAUCCCAACAGACGCCUUCGACCGAGCAUGAGGACAGGUGAAGGUGCCAUUUUGCCUGCUCUGGAGAGUAUUGCAAGUAAAGUGGAACUUGCUGACUCGAUCGAGGAUGUGCGAAGGAUGAGCCUUUGCGAGUAGCUCAGUCACCGUGUCGAAUUGGCAGGGCGGAUGUAAAAGGGCUCGAUGGGGGGGGGGGGGCAGUAAAGCUUGUUGAUGAUG